AUGAAUCGUCGUCUCGACGAGGUCGACGAAAGGUCCAUCGCGCCACCAGCUCAGCCCGGAAUUGACGAAAGCACUCGCCGAUACCCGGAGAAGCCCGCUCACCCGCAGGCUCCGCCAGAUCGAUCUGCACGAAAGAGUUCGACUCAAAAUCGACUCUUACACCGGCGAAGAAGACCCCAAGAAGUGGCUAACCGCGUUCAACCUCGCCAUGAGAGGGAGAAAUACAAAUCUACGACGAGAAGGGAGGCCAACUACUGUCAAGUAUUCGUCGAGCACAUGGCGAAAGAUGCCUUGACCUGGUUCUCUAACCUCCCCGCCGAGUCGAUCGAUAACUUCGACGACCUAACCAAUGCUUUUCCUAAAGCAUUACUCCAUGCACAUGACCCGAAUCACUCGGAACAUGUUCACCACAACGCAAACCCAAGGUGA